GGUCGUAAUCGACCUCACCUUUCCCCCGAUGAAAACGGGGUUAAAUUCGGUUGAGCCAUCAGAUGAAUGAGGAGCGGAGACAAUUUCGAUCAAUCAAUGCCCAGAAUGUAGGUACUACGUUGAGCAGAGGCAAAGGAGUUACGUGUCACAAUAGUAGCAAUGUCUACGGCAGAAAGCAGGCGGGGAUUUACCCGAACAGAUCAAGAGCUGAUAAAAUGGCCCCAUAAAAACCAAGUUACAAAUGGUUGGAAGAGGUACCGUUCGGCGAAUGCAUGGCGACAAGGACUUAGCAGAUGCUUUUGAGCUUUGUAAAGGAUGUUUGCUCGAUUUCUCAUUUCUCGCGUUUGUUUUGUUAAAUGCAGGUACAUGUAUAACGACGAUGCGAUUGAGAAUACACAGGUGAGAUAUCACAGUUAGCUCCCAGAUUGGACCAAAGGACGACGACGGAAACAUGAACUGGAUCCAGUGUUUCACAGUGUCGUAUUUGGCCGUAGUUUUACCAUGUGUAGCCGUCGCGUACAGAUUCACGGAUGCCUCAACGUUAAAUAAACGCAACACUAGUCGCAAAGACAAUAACACUUGGAAUAAAUUAGAACUUCUACAGGCCCUAAUUCAUAGGUUAAGGCAAAAAAAGCCGGGAUCUUCACAGACACAAUACAGAUAUAGGAGGAGCCGGCCUAUGUACUAUGGCUGGGUGGCAGAAAAGGAAAAUGACGCUGACAUACCAAGAAUUGAAUGUCCAAGAAAAGCCGGCGGUGAAAAAUUAUUUGCUUGUCCAUCCCCUAUAUCUGGUACGAAUCGUUACGUAUGCAUUGACGACCACGCUCUGUGCGACAGGCGGUAUGACUGUCCCGGGAAGGAGGAUGAGGACCCCACGGUCUGUAUGUUCCACAAGAUGACACUGAACUUUUUCAAGGCAAUCGUAUCAGCAGUUUUCGAUCUCUCUCGAUCCAUUCUCUAACGCUAAAGGACCACGUUCUUCCUUGAUUAACUUCUUCUACCUCCGGAUGACGAGCGGAUGUCGAGGCCUUCCGAAUGAAGCACGACUUGCUGCGGGACACGCGGAUAUUUUCACCUUGGCAAGGUCAAAAUGGCCGAUGUAACCAUGACAAUGUCAAAUAUGGCGCUGUCUCCUACUGCCAAGGUCACCAAUGGCGCUUCCCUAAGGUCAAAGUCAAAUUCGGUGAUGUUGUCACCUUCAUGAGGUCAGCUAUGGCGACUGCCACUGUGAGGAGGCCGGAUUCCGUAAAAGCCACCUGUUGAUGGUCACAUUUGGCGACAGCUAUAACGCUGGUCGACACCAUGUCAAGGUCACAUAAAUGUCAAGUUGUAAGACGUGAAGGACAUGUGAUGGGCAUUAGGAACAUUCCUGUACAGCCAUGGUGUCAGGAGAGAGACAGUAUCUUGGCCAGUAUUCUGAUGUGAUAAUUCGGCCUACUGCAUUUCUGGGCACCUGUAGCUUCGGGUAGUCAACGCCAGGAAAAAAACCGAGAAAGAUUCGAGGGCUCCAAUCUAUAUUUGCCAGCCCUCAAUUCGAGCUGGCGCCUACAGCACGGCUGGCAGGUGCUCAAGCAACAUUGGUCUCAUUAUUCUCACGAAUUCAACUAAUUAUUCAACUACAAACACUGAGAUUCCAUGAUGAAAUAUUACUGCUGGUUGUAGCUGUUUGUGUAGAAAAACUGAAUCCCUAAGUGAUAAAAAUUCGUAUUCGUAAUAUCUAUGUGAUACUGUCUCAAAUGAGUCCUUGGAACGGAAACGCUUUGAAGCGGACAGUGGCAUCAUGCGUAAACAUGCUUUUGGACGAAAACUUGAGACAAAAGUUGCAAUCUACGGAUUGUGGCUAUCAGCGUCUUCAGAACUAUGUUCGCUGUAGUGGCAUCAUGUAAACCACUGCAUGUAAAACACUGCGUUCUGAUCCGACGAAAGCUGGAAAACGACGAAAAAUUACUUUAUGACCACUUAUUUUCAAAGGAAAGUUUGCACCAAUUGCGAUGUGAAUUGCGGUGUCUUGGAGUUGAAGUGCAUGUGGUGAUGACGACUGGUCGUGUUGAGUAACUCAAGGUUCUUUGGAGUGUAUAUAAAAGUCCUUUUCUACUGCGGGCGUGACAGCUGUCGUUGUGCGCGAUAGUUGUUUGAAAGAUGGUUCCAACGGAGGAGCAGAAUAGAGUCGUUGAGCAACGUCCCGAGUUUCAUCUACGACUACGAUUUCAGAAAGAUGUUCGUCAAAUACCCUUGCGGCAUCAUUUGGUGAUGCUGUCACAUUGUCUUGGUAAACCUAAGCCGACGUCUGACACCUAAUGGUGACAAAAGCUGGCGUAAAUAUAUAUGUCAGAAGUAACCAAAACAUUGUGUAAUCCAGCUUUCUGAUUAGAAGUCGGAUAUGUAAGUCGAACGUUGAAGGAAUCUUCUUUUCCCCGAAGUCGUGUCUGUACCCGCGUCCCGUGCCAUGUCUUGUAGCUGGACGGUGAGGGCAGUUUUUCUAGAACUCGCAAAAAGUGUGUUGUUGGUACUGUAGUCUAUUCCGGGUGUGUGUAUAAUAUUGCUACAUGAAUGCCUUGGAAAAGGAUUGUCAGCGAAAUGAAUACCUCCGAUAGGGUAUCCUUAAGGCAGAACAUCACAGCCGGACUAUUUUGCCUGUACCGAAGAUGUCUCUUAAACGGUUGCCUUAAAACGAUUUCCCUAUCAUUUGGGUUGUCUAGGUAAAUCUGUUUGCUGGCUUUCUGUAACUUGGGGACUGAAUAAGCUAAUUUUCUUUCCAUCAACAACACCAAGUUAAGAGAUAUCGUUGUAUCUGGCUGUGGUGUCUUGCUCUUUAAGUGGUCGUACGUGGCAGGAGAGGAAGACAGUGA